UUGGCCGCACAAAGAGACGUGCUUGAUGGAAACCGAAACAAACCAAGCCAGAGCUGGACCAAAUUUGAGCCAAGAGGGACCUGGAGCUGCAGUGUAAAGUCAGAACCACCUUCCUGUUAGGACUCUGGCCGCUGCAUUUUGGACCAACUGGAGGCUCCUUAUAGUACUUUUGGGGCAGGCGGCGAGCAGAGAAUUACAGUAAUCAAGUCUGGAAGUAACAAAUGCAUGGAUGAGUUUUUCAGCAUCGUUUUUAGGAGAGUUGACCAGGCCAAGCUGAGCGGCCCUUGGCAUGGCGGGCUUCCUGGAUAACUUCCGCUGGCCUGAGUGCGAGUGCAUGGACUGGGGAGAGAGGAGGAACACUGUGGCCUCCAUUGGAGCAGGGGUCCUGUUCUUUAGUGGUUGGUGGAUCAUGAUCGAUGCAGCGGUCACAUACCCGAGUCAGGAGCAGAUGAACCACGCCUUCCACACAUGUGGAGUCUUCUCCACCAUUGCCUUCUUCAUGAUCAACGCUGUGUCCAAUGGACAGGUGCGAGGGGACACCUAUGGAGAGGGCUGCUUGGGGCGCACCGGGGCGCGACUGUGGCUAUUCCUGGGCUUCAUGAUGAUGUUCGGCUCCCUCAUUGCCUCCAUCUGGAUCCUGUUUGGGGCUUAUGUUGUUCCAAAGAAGGAGGUGGCUCCAGGACUGGCUGUGUUCUUUCAAAACGCCUUCAUCUUUUUCAGUACCCUGAUCUACAAGUUCGGCCGCACAGAGGAUCUCUGGGGAUGAGCUGCAGACUCCUUUCUCUUUUAAGCAUGUUUUAUAUUUGUUAUUUAAGUCUGUGAAAACGUGGCAUUGUGUGGGCACUCACAUUUAAAGAUGGCAAUACUUCUUACACACUAUUUUGUACGUUACUGCAAAAUAGCUGCAUAUAUUGGUUGCAGUCAUUUGAUUUUAAAACUGAAGUGGGGGGCAGCGCAAAAUUGUAUGGUAUAAUUUAAUUUUUUAAUUGAAAAAAUACUGAUUUUGCCCUGAUUUUUAUAGUUCAUAUCUCUGUAAUUACUUGAACUAAGGCCAGAUUAUAUCUUUACCAAAUCAGUGAAAUGUGGUGAUAUUAUUCACUUAUGCAGGCUUGACAAUAAACAUGGUGAAUUAAUGUCAUAUCAAAAAUGAUUAGGCCUAACUGGAAUCUUGUCCUCCAUUUAAAAUAGUAAAAUCUAGAUUUAAAAUUGUGAAGUCUGGAUGGAGAAACAGCAGGUACACAACUGUUAAAGCUCCAUCUGCCCUUUUGAAGCACAUCCUCAUGCAGAAGCAAGCUCACAACAUUAGCUGGAGAUAACACUGGACUGUAUAUAGCCCCCAUGUCCUGAUUGUGUAUUCUUUGUGGUCUCGUUUAAAGGGCCUAUAUUACGCAAAUUUGAUAUCUAUGUUAUAAUGCUGUGUCCUCAUCAGAAACAUACCUGGAGUUGUGUUUUGUUUCAUUCAAACAUGUUUAACACACAAAGCCUGUAUAUUAAGGUUGUAUUUCUUCUCUUAGAUUAUAAACCAGUGGUUCUUAACCUGGGUUCGAUCGAACCCUAGGGGUUCGGUGAAGUUCAAGACACACACCCGACUAUGAUUCGCGGACUGCGAGUGUCUCCAGACGCUGGCCAUGUCCCAAUUCAACAAAUGCACCCUUUGAUGUGCCUAUUGAAGUACCCGCCCAACUUAAAUGAGCCGUUCGAAUGGCAUAAAAAUGAAGAAAAGGAACAGCCUUUGCUGUGAAAAUGACAGGAGAGUGGCACUUGCCAAGGUGAAGUCAUGCAUUUCUGAACUGGUCUCUCAAAGGCAACAGCAGAAGUCACACUGAUUUGCAGUAAAUAUUCAUUAUUAUUCUAGCCUGAUGGAAAUUAGGUGAUGGGUGUGUGUUAAAAUGUUAAAAAUAAUUAAAAAAAAUAGCAUAAAUAUAAGUUAAUUAUUGGAAUACAUAAGGUUAAAAAUUAAAAUAAUUUCAGUGUGGUAGUAUUAAAAAAGGUCAUGUCUUUGUAAAAAGGUAUGUAUGUAAUUUGUUGUGAGUUCAUGCAUUGUAUUGGUUUUAUUCUUUGAACACAGUGAUGUUAAUGCACGAUUCAUUUUGUGCACCAGUAAAACAUACAUAUGUCUUGAAUUUGAAAAAAAUUAUAUUUUAUUUUUCAAUACAGAAGGGUUCGGUGAAUAUGUCUAUGAAACUGGUGGGGUUCAGCACCUCCAACAAGGUUAAGAACCACUGUUAUAAACACUUUGUUACACCUUGUGAUGUAAUACAGGAAGUGCUCCACUAUGUUUUUAAACUCCAUACAACUUCACAUUUAAGCAAUUUGCAACACUAUAUAGUGUGGAAAGUUUUGUGUAAUAUAGGACCUUUAAACUGUGUUGAAACUUUGAAAAUAAGCUGUUAUUUGUAGAAUCUGUGAAAAUUUUGUAAAUAAUUGAGUGGCACCUUAAUGUUGUCAGCAGCCAAAAGGGAAUGAUGCAUUUGUUCAAAAGAGGAACUAAAGACUAAAUCCACUUUUUUCACCACUAAACCGUGUAUAUGGUGUUGUAACAGUAUUAUCUAUUGUUCCUUGUCAUUUUUGGCAACUUUUGACAAACUAGGGCAAUUUGCAGCUUUCUGGUCAAAAAAGCUUAAAUCUUAGUUUGUUCUGUCUUCAGUGGCCACUCCAAUUUCAAGCACUGCAUAACAUCACACAAGAGUGCCCUGAAUACAGCUAGGUGUUUCUGAUUACACCUGGCUGCAGGAGUGGAUUAUGAAAUGUGGAUAUUUGUUAGACACUGUUCCUCAUAUGUCCAGACCAUAGAUUGUGUCUAUAUAAAUGAAUAUAGCUAACCUGCUAGCCUCCCCAUUCCAAAUACAAAGUGAGAAAGGGCGCACCAUCAGUUCCGACUCAUCUACUAAAAAAACGUCGCCCCUCUCUGUAACAGCUUCUCUCAGGCUCGUCAUUUUAACCCAGUCUACAUGAUCCUGAGUUUUUUUUUAUUUAUUUUGCAAUAUGAACAUUAAUAACAGACCAAUCUUUCACAGAGGCCACUCGCACUAGCAUUAGCAAAACAGUGGUGCUGGCAGAAAUAGGGUUACCUUCCACAGUCUUAUUCCCGAUUGGUUCUUUGGUUGCUAUGGUACUCACUGUCAGAAUUCCAAAUAUGGAAUUUGGCUCCAAAUUUGGCUCCAAUACUAUAACUGCUAGUCUCAAUGAGCUUUAUUUGGAUGGAGCCAAACGCCAUGGAUGACGUCACAGUCAGUCCACUUCUUUACACAGCCUGUAGUCCAGACCCCGCUCCUCUUCCCCCUCACUCUAACCAUUAGUUCUCCAGGUAUUACCCAGUUUAACAGCUCUAUUUGAAAUGUGGUUGUGGGCAGAGUUUAAGUCUAGUUCCACUUGAAGUUUACACUGUUUUGUCAUUUGUAAACAUUGAUGCACACUUAACUGCUGUUUAAAAUGAAAAUGUCAUAGACCUCUUUCAGUCCAUAUUUUUAACAUCAAAGAGCUUCGGUUGGACACACUGUAGCAUGUGGAUCUUUGGGUAGGCCUGUCACGAUAAUUAGUAUUGUAGUAUUGUUCAGUAUAGGAAACCUGGAAUAAUGUAUUUUUGGGGUCAAUAUUUAUUGUGUGUACUCUCUUUAUUUUUUUUACUAGAAAAUGGUUACUUUUUGGCUACAUAAUAAUAUUUAUGCUGAAUUAAUAACUUUAUUGCAGCCCAUGAUUUUUUAACAAUAUUGUAUAUUUGGAAUAUUUUUGUUUAUUAUGUCAGUGGUAUAAAGUAGUUUCAGUAUUAUUGUUUAUCAUCUAUAUUUACUUCAGCAAGAUAUUGAACUUCAAAUGUUUUGAUCGUGACAGGUCUAUCUUUGGGUGUACUUUUUCUAUUCUGAGAAUGUGUAAAUAGUGUACCAUGAGUGUGGUUUGUAGUGUUUUGAAUGCGGCAGCACGCAGUGUUAAACGGGUGAGCACUUUUACACAUGAUCGAACAGUAAAACAUAU